UACGACUCGACGAGAGUGUAAUAGGUCUGUUCUUCGGCCGAGUAAAUAGCACAAGUGCUGAAUAUUGUCAGCCUUAGUUUUGUGCGAUGGUUGUCACAAACACUAACAGCGCAUAUUUAUAUUCUUUGAUAGUGCAUUAAGAUUGCUAUGGACACGUAUGCAAAAUCUCACGUAUGUCCGCAUCAUAGAUGAGCCUUCUGUUUUCCUGUGGAACAUAGUAUACAACUAUUUAUAUCUAGAUGCGCAUGCACAAUUUGUAGAGGUUGUCCAAAUAUUAGCAGGUGUAAGUGUGAAAUAGUUUUACUUUUCCUGGUUGAUAUCUGUGAGGUUAAACUUUUCGUGCGUAAACUAUAGGAUCAUACAUUCAUAUACAUCUUGGUUGCAUGUAUACACGGCUUUGAUAGUGUAUAUUUACAAGCACGCUACUUUUAUAUGCGUACGUUGUAGAAAACAACAAUCUCAGCGCUGGUCACGACUACAGAAGAGACACAAAGAUGACAACCGUGAGGAUUGACGGUGAGACAGGCUAUCAGCUAUUCCUGCGUAUGAAAUAUGGCCUAAGUGAAGUGAAGUUAGCUACAGGGGUGCCUGUGUUUGACGCACUUCUGCAAGGCAAAGGAGUGGGAGCUGGAGAUGUCGUUGAUAUCUUUGGACCACCUUCGUGCGGAAAGAGUCAGUUACUGAUGGAAGCGAUCUGCGAGUUUAUCAUGCCCAAGCAGUAUAAGGAAGUCAAGAUAGACGGCAAAAUGGGUGGGGUGGUGCUGUUUGACGUAGAUGGAAGGUUCUCUAUUGCCCGACAAGUGCAUAUAUUGGAGAUCAAGAUCAGACAAAGGUUACAUGGACAUAUACCCAUUACCGACCACGAUUGCGAGGCGCUGAUCCGUGAGUGCCUGGGGCGGUUGUAUGUGACUACCUGCAUGACCAACGCUGUCGCACUGGCCAGUGUCAAAGACGCCUUUAAAACCAUCCCCACCUAUUCAUCUGAUGACGCGCCUGUUAAGCUGGUAGCUGUGGAUGGACUGUGCCAUCUGCAGUGGAGUGAUCGGCUGGAGACACAGCGUGGGUACGGUGGAGACUGGAUACCCAGGAUAUGUCGAGCUCUGAAGGAUCUUCAGAAUGAGCAUCGUUUGAUGUUGUACGUCACUACGAAUGCGAUGACACCCCAGGCCGAAAAUACAGGAAGAACAGCUUUCAUGGGCAGUGACUGGAUUAAGUCAACAACAUACCGCAUCGGGAUCAAAUCAAUGGGCGAUAGACUUCUGUGCUCUCUCAUCGGCUGCCCGAGUGUGGUGAUACAGUUCGUUAUUUCCGAUAGUGGCGGCGCCAUUGUCCAUUGACGACAAGAAAUAUACACAGCCAAUAGAGCACGUUUGUACACUCGCUUGUGCACUUGCAUACAACCAGAUCCCAUGUGUUUGAUGUAUGGGCAUGGGUUGAGACAUGUGAUAACUGUUCUUCUCUUAUAUAUCCCUAGUGAUAUUAAAUAGUAAAUGUGUUCUUGUUCGGGUUUGUUUUGUUUCGUG